AUGUCUUCAAUCCCUCACCUCCAGAAAAAUGACGUCUCACACCAGCUCAUCGUCAACGGCAAGCCGUUGCUCAUGCUCGCUGGCGAGCUGCAGAACUCGUCUCUCACAUCGGCAGAGUACAUGAAAGAGGUGUGGCCAAAGAUGGUCGCGACACACGUCAACACGGUCCUUGGGUGCGUGACGUGGGAGGACAUCGAGCCCGAGGAGGGCAAGUUCGACUUUGCAAACUUGGACCAGAUCGUCCUGGGUGCGCGGGAGCACGGCAUUCACCUCGUGCUACUGUGGUUCGGCUCGUUCAAGAACGGCAUCUCGACAUACGCGCCCGGAUGGGUCAAGACAAACCCCAAGAGAUUCCCGCGCGCAAAGCUGCGCAAGGCUGGUGGCGAGCUGGCAACAGGAGAUGUUGUGUCAAUCUUCCAUGACGAGGCCCCCAAGGCGGAUGCCAAGGCCUUUGCGACGCUGCUGGAGCAUAUCAAGGAGAUUGACGAGGCACACUCAACCGUCGUCAUGGUGCAAGUCGAGAACGAGACGGGCCUUCUGGGUGAUUCGCGCGACGGCAGCAAGUAUGCCAACGAGCGGUUCGGCCAGCCCGUCCCUAAGGAUCUCAUCGACUUCAUCGAUAGCAACUGGGACACGUUGACCGAGAACUUCCGUGCUAACUUCAAGUCGUUCAAGACGGCAAGCAAGAAGCAGGGAACGUGGGAGGAGGUGUUCGGCAAGAGCAAGAAGACAGACGAGCUGUUCAUGGCAUACCACUACGCCCUCUACCUCAACCAGGUCGCAUCAGCCGGCAAAGCCAAGUACCCGAUCCCGCUGUACACCAACGUGUGGCAGAACUACGCGGGCGAAGACGCCGACAACAACUUCCCGACCAUCGUUGGUGGCGGCGAGGAGCCGGGCAACUACCCGUCAGGGGGCGGCGUCGUCGACGUGUUAGACAUCUGGCAGCACUUCGCGCCGAGCCUGGACCUGAUCGCGCCCGACGUCUACCUCAACGAAUACGGCAGCUCGUGCGCCAAGUACCGCCACCGCAACCAGCCGCUGUUCAUCCCGGAGCAGCGCCGCGACGAGUACGGCGCGCGCCGCGUGUGGAAGGCCUUUGGCAGCCACCAGUGCCUGGGCACCUCGCCCUUCGGCAUCGACACCCUCGACCCGCCCACAAGCCCCUUCACCCGCCACUACGGCCUGCUGGACCGCGUCUCGCACAUCGUGCUCGAGGCUCAGCGCCGGCCUAAUUCUUCCUACGGCUUCUUCUUCGACGAAUUGCCCGACGCUGGCCCCGACCCCUCGCCCCCGCAGACCGUCGUCUUCGGCGAGUGGCAGCUCACCAUCCAGCGCUGCUUCGUCUUCGGCAAGCCUGGCCCCGGCGCCGGCAUGGUCAUUCACCUGGGCGGCGCCCGCUUCCUGCUGAUCGGCUGGGGCUUCCAGGUCCUGGCCAAGUCGCUCAACCCCCGCAGCACCUUCACCGGCUUCCUGCGCUUCCAGGAGAAGUACGUCGUCAACAAGGAGACGGGCGAGCUGCGCACCCUGCGGAACCUGAACGGCGAUGAGACGAGGAGUGGCAUCUUCGCUAUGAUGCCCAACGAGGACCCUGACUACGGUGGCUUCCCUAUCUGCGUGACGAUCCCGGCGAGGACCAUGAUUGCCGAGUUGGAGGUUUAUUCGAUCGAGGAGGAUGAGUGA